UGUGCUUAGGACAUGGUCUCCUUCCCUGCCGUGGCUGUGAACUUCUCCCCGGAGGAAUGGCUGUGCCUGGAUGCCUCUCAGCGGAAGCUCUACAGAGACGUGAUGCUGGAGACUUAUGAGCACCUGCGGGCAGUAGGGUAUUGCAAGGUGAAACCUUUGCUGAUCUCCUGGCUGGAGGAUGGAAUCCUGGAGAGGCUGCCAAGAGGCAUGUCUGCAGAACCAAAGCGAGACAUCCAUCCAUGUCCCUUCUGCUCUCUCACCUUCUCCAGUCAGCACUUCCUCGGUCGCCACAUGAAACAUAGUCAUCCCUCUCGGAUCCUCCCAGGAAUAUCUGCAAGAAAGCACCCUCAAUCAGAGAAUUCCUCUCCAUGUGACCAGAACCUAUGGGACCAAUAUUCUGAUUCGUAUAAUGACAGACGAAGGAAUGAUAUACUUGAAAGUCAAAAGCACAAAGAAAGCUCCAUACCUCUGUCUACAAUGAGGCGUAAAAGAGAUUCCACAGCCUUUUCUAGACGUUUUUGCAGUGAAAUAGCGAACUCUAAUAAACAGAUGGCACUGGAGGAAGAAACUAACCCAAGCCAGAAAGAAAAUCCAAAGGACACGGAUAGAGUAGUUCCAGGGAUAGGAAUGCCAAGAAUUUUAAGAGGCAGGUAUGUAAUGCCUGCACAGGGCUUCACAGAUGGAUCAAAUCUCAUGACACACCAAAGGACACACAGAGAAGAGAAGCGUUAUGUUUGCAGGAAGUGUGGACGAGGCUUCAGUGUGAAGUCAAAUCUCAUGACACACCAAAGGACACACACAGGGGAGAAGCCGCAUGUUUGCAGAGUGUGUGGGCGAGGCUUCAGUGAUAUGUCAAGUCUCAUCAGACACAAGAGGACACACACAGGGGAGAAGCCUUAUGUUUGCAAGGAGUGUAGGCGAGGCUUUAGUGAUAUUUCAACUUUUAUCAAACAUAAGAGGAUACACACAGGGGAGAAGCCUCAUGUUUGUAAAGAGUGUGGGCGAGGCUUCAGUCAAACGUCCCAUCUUAUCACACACCAAAGGACACACACAGGGGACAAGCCCCAUAUCUGCAAAGAGUGUGGUCGAGGUUUCAGUCAGAGGUCACAUCUCAAUACACACCAGAGGACACAUACAGGUGAAAAGCCGUAUGUUUGCGAUGAGUGUGGUCGAGGCUUCAGUCAGAGCUCACAUCUCAUCACACACCAGAGGACACACACAGGAGACAAGCCCCAUACUUGCAGGGAAUGUGGGCGAUGCUUCAGUGAUACAUCAAGUCUCCUCAAACACAAGAGGACACACACAGGGGAGAAGCCCUAUGUUUGCAGAGAGUGUGGGCGAGGCUUCAGUGUGAGGUCAAGUCUCAUCACACACCAGAGGACACACACAGGAGAGAAGCCCCAUGUUUGCAGCGAGUGUGGGCGAGGCUUCAUUGAUAUAUCAACUCUCAUCAAACACAAGAGAACACACACAGGGGAGAAACCCCAUGUUUGCAGAGAGUGUGGGCGAGGUUUUAGUGAUAUGUCAAGUCUUAUUAAGCACAAGAGGACACACACAGGGGAGAAGCCCUAUGUUUGCAGCGAGUGUGAGCGAGGCUUCAGUAUUAGGUCAAAUCUCAUCAAACACCAGAAGAUACACAGUAGAAGCAACAUGUUUGCAGGGAGUAUGGGUGAAGCUUCAGUGAUAUGUCAAGACUCAUCAAACACAAGAGGACACACACACAGGUAAGAAGCCUGUAUUGGCAGAGUAUGUGUGCGAGGCUUCAGUCAGAGGUCACAUCACACACCAGAGUACACACACAGGAGAUAGGCCCAAUAUUUGCAGAGUGUAUGGGCAAGUCUGUCUUCUGAGGUCACAUCACACACCAGAAGAUACACAAGGGAAAAGUCCCAUGUUUGCUGAAUGUGAGGGCAAGGCU